GAGGAGUACGAGCAGCGGUCGCAGGCGUCGAACGUUCAUGAGCGACCACGCGUAGAGAAGCCGAGGAUCGUGCUCUCAACGUUCACGGGAACCAAUCCGGACGCUUGGCUGAACAGGGCGGUGCAGUUCUUCGACCUAAACGAGAUGCCGCAACGAGACUGGGUUCGAUACGCCGCGUACUAUCUAGAUGGUGAGGCCAACGUGUGGUGGCAGUGGCUCACGCGCGUGUAUCGCGGGCGGCAACAACCAAUCCGUUGGGAAGAUUUUGAACGCGAGCUCCUUACGCGUUUUGGGAACUCAGAUUAUCAUAACCACGACGAGGCGCUGACCCGGAUCCGGCAGUCGGGGAGUGUACGUGACUACCAAAAGGAGUUCGAGAGGUUGGCGUGCCGGGUUCGCGGGUGGCCGGAAAGCGCGCUUGUUGGCGCGUUUGUUGGAGGGCUUAGGUAUGAUCUUGCGGCCGAUGUACGAUUGGAGAGGCCGGAGACCAUGCUCAAAGCCAUGGAGAUUGCUAGAAGACGGGAGGAUCACUUGACCGCGACUCGAAGGGGACGGGCGGACUUUCGAGUCCCAGAGCCGCGACGUGUGCCGGCGACCGUGGGCGCACCUA